GUCGCGUAGAGCCCAUAUGUUGGUUGCCCACGCCAGGAACCUCGUGGGAGACAUAUGUAGUAGCGUAGCUAAGCGACUGUGUCAUUUGGAAAGCGGAAGAAGUGAAUUUAAUGUGGACAUUUCUGCUCCUUCGUGUUUGGACCGAGGGGUAUUUUGUAACUUCCUGGUUGUCGCAUGAACAUGCCAGUUGGAAGUGAAGCGACAGCGCGAGGGACUCUGAGAGCGUCGGACAUUUCGGGAUUAAUGGGAUUUUAUCGGUCGUUUGUGAUGUUCAGAAACGGGGACAACUGGUUAAAACGACAAGCAAAGGGAGAAGGACAGAUUUCAUAAGCAAUGGAAAGUCGAAAUGGAGGAGCCUCAAGUGAAGGUUUUUUAAUACCUGUGUCGGAAUCGUCGGACGCCUUUCAGAGCAAUAUAUUGGCUCCACUUCAAAGUGCUUACUUGUACGAAGAAUCGGAGCAGUUUUUCAGAUACAAGUCUGCUGUGUUAGUCAAGAAUCCUGAUCUGGAGAACAAGUACAACGCAUUUCGAGCAGGGAAAACAAACGCAGGGUACUCAGAAGAUGAUCUCAAAGAAACAUACGGCUUUUUGUUGUUUGACGACGGUAGCAAGGCAAAUGCACUUGGACAAACUGGUGUAAUCUCUGGAAACAGCACAUGUACAACUUUGGGAGAUCCAGCAAAAGGUGUUUACAUAUCGAUGUACUCUGAUUGUUUGGAUAUAAACCGUUGGUAUCAUGGGAAAUCUGGAUACAUUGCCAUCAUCAGGCUGACAACGGGUAAAGUUAAAAAGGUCGCAGAGAACUACACACAGAAUUUCACAGAGCCCACUGUGGGCUGUGACUGUCAUGUGUCGGACCAGUUGCCUUCUGUGUCUUCCAAAACCAGCUCCUUUCUUGCAUUUGAGAGAACUCAGUUUUACAUUUAUGAGCUGCUACAUGAUGGAAGCAGUGAAACAUCUCAGUCUCCCAGCGCUGCAUGUCCAUUUGCCAUUGUGUCAUUUUCAUACAUGGAUACAAAAGCAUCACCUGUUACACUAGGGAAAAGUGAGGUGCAAAAACAGGUUCAUCACUACUUACCAUGGAGGGGUCAGCUUCAGAUACAGAACCAGAUUUACCAUAUUGACCUGAGAUCCACUGCUGUGGCCUUUGUUCCUGUACAACUACCGUCGGUGAUCAAGGUUAACCAAGCCAUUCACAUGUCAGUUCUGAGAAGCCUGUUGCCAAGAACUGUUUUUGAAACGAGCUAUACAGAGGAAGUUUUUUUGGACGGCUCGUACUGCGACUUGUGUGAGUUUGUAUCCUCUGAAGCAAACGAAGCCAGCUCAUUUGCUCUGCUGCUCUCAGAGAUCAAGGAGAAAGAUUUUGCUCUCAUCAUUCCUCUGAUUGAUGGAGGAUUUCUUAUCUUAAUGCACUCAUCGCACUUCCUCAGAUAUGAUGAUGCGGAGUCUGCUUCGGCAGAGGUCAUGAAAGGCCUCUUUGUGUUUCCUGACUCACGGUUUGUAAGGAGAGACACAAAAUUUCGAGAGAAAAACUGUCCCCUGUCAUCUGAAAUUCUACAUAUUCUACCAGUGCUAAGUUACGCCGAGGGCGAAGCUGAGAAAACGUCCAUGGAUCCAGAGGAUGAACUUUGUGAAGUUUUGACUGAACACAUGCAAAGUUAUGCCACUUUAAUAAAUCCAGGAUUUUCUUCAAGUCCUUCAAGACCUUCAAGGGAGCUAGGGAUGUUUCCAGAUCAAUAUGACGUGGCUGACGCGCACAGACAUCUCUAUUUGUCUCCUGAGUGGAAUAACAGAACAUGGGAAACCUUUAAGUCAUACCUGAGCAAACCAGACUCCUUCCAACUCCCAAUAGCUAAGGUUUCAGAGAUAUUGGCAUCAGGACAAGAGGAGCGAAGACAGGAGCUUGAUGAUGAUGUCUACAUCUGUCUGUCAUCGCCAGAGGAAGCGCCAAGUAGCCCAGUUUGCAUGGAAGCAGAAGACCAGUCACCGGAUGAGCAAUCGAUUUGUAAUAUUGGGGUUUCUAUGGAUAUUGGUUUUCCAAGUCCUGAAUUUCAAAUUGCUGCAAUACCCAUGUCUCAGAAUAUUGUGCGAGACAAUGUGCAGAGUGACAUUGUUACCAAAGAUGAUCCAACAUGCGCUCACCUCACUGAUCAAUCUAACAAAGCUGAUGAUCCAGGAGCUCAAGACCCACUAACUCCUCCAACAUCAGAGGAUCUUCCUGCAGAGUUCAUUGUCAGCAUAACCUCAGCAAAGCGAAAAGUUCCAGAUGAAGUAUCAACAUCCAAGCAUACUGACUUUAAUUUUUCUGGUCUUUCAACCAUGGCUAAGUUACAAACAGCAGAAGUAAACUCUGUCAUUGAUCUGUCUGACAAAGCAAAAAGGUGUUUGGAUUUCCCUAAGGUCACCAAGAGUACAAAAAGAAAGAAACGACGAAGAAUAUAUUCUGUGGUGAAAAAGAAGGUUUCUAGCUCUUCUGUCAAGACUCAUAGUUUAAAGACUGCUGUCUCCUCAGUUAAGGUUGAACAUUUAAACCGCGAGACACAGGAGCACAGUGAGGAAUUACAUUUUCCUCAGUUGAGAAGUUCAUUAAAACCGAAGUGGAAAAAACUUAACAGACGGAAGUGCAGAUUUGGUACACUGUCAUCAAAAAGUUACAAACUUAGAUCUGCUGUUGAUUCAGACAAAACUGAAGAGAUGAAACCAGAUGUAGGACUGGUGAGUUUCCAAGGGGAUAGUUUCUUAGAGGUCUUGCCUCUAAGAAAGAAAAUGGAGCGCUGGGACCUGAAGCCCGUCUUGAGUGAAUGUGGGAGGAUUUUGCUUCCUUUUGGCUCUGUAGAUUUUUCUGAUCAGGUUAAGUCUAUGCUGUGUACAAAAAAAGAUGAGUGCCCUGAAAAGGUCUCGCACGAUGUUCCUGUAACUCUUCCUGACCCAGUCACAAUGGAUAAGCAACUUGGCUCAGCUUCAGAGACAGCAGUUGCUGAAGCCACAUCCACAAGCACUAUUGAUGAUGAAAACCGUCAGCUUGAUCAUGAAGACAUUUUGACACCGCCCGUUGAUUAUAGUGGGCGAGUACCAUUGACUCCUAACUUUUGUUCUGUUUCUCCAACAAAUGACACAAAUAAUUUAGCAAAAACUACUGAAACCAAGCAGCUUGAAAUCUUUUCUCCAGUCGAGCUUUCACCAAAAGGGAAACUCCUUCUUAGCAAACUAAAAUCGGUUCUUUCAAGACGAAAAAGAAAAUUAGACCUCCCCACCAAACCACAAAAGAGGGAAGAUGUUGACCAAGAAAGUGACUUUUGUUUUAAGAGAAGCAAAGUGAACUCUGACACUGAGACACCCAAGGGUAAUAAUGCAACUCCUCAAAGUGUCAAUGUUUCAGAAAUGGCAUCGGUUGACCCCCUUUUUGCAUAUUGCUUAGGCUUGACUCCUAAACAGAAUCUAGAAAAUGUUCAAAAAACCAACAAGGUGGAUGCUCUGCUGAGGAACGAUUCAACACAGAAAGAGGAACAUACCCCCAUAGACAAACAGCCACAAAUAAGUCAAAGGCCUCUAUCAAUUUUCCCAAGGAGAAGUAGAAUUAAGACUCUGAAAAGGCAUCAGGGCAUCUCUGCUGAAAACGUUAAAAAGAAAUGGUGGUUGCAUUUUCAAACUCCAGCUUGUUUUACAACUGAAAAAAAAUACAAUGACUGUACUAGUGAUAAAACUGUCAGGAAGACUGUUAAAGAAAAAAUGAAAAGUACUUGCACAUCUACAGAUGCGUUGACCUUACUUGCUGACUUGGCACUCAGUAAUGACAAAGUCCCUCCACAACCAAAUCAGACACUUGAAAGAACGCCUAAGGACAGUGUGAAGAAAUGUGACCUUUCAAAAAGUCUUUCCAGUGCUGAUCAAGAGUCAGUUCUCCACACUCUACUUAGAAAUCCUGCUGCUAGAGCCCUUCAGUCUCUCGAAUCCCCUUCAAAAUGCUCCCUUGUGGCAGAAAAUAAUUUGGUUUCUUUGAUAUCUAAAGAUCAUGCAUACUCACUGCCCCCAUCUUCUCUACUGUUGGAUUUGUCAGGUACAACCUUCCAGGUACCACCUUUAAGUGGUUCGACCAGACUGCUGAACCAUCACCAGUCAAUGUAUGGCGAUGGAGCUAAAACACUACACCCUUCUGUCAGUACGGGAGACAUAGGUGAACACACCAAGACUCCAGAAAACCUGCAGAAGCACCGGCGAAAGUUAAAACACUCUCGCACCUUUGUAAUGAAGGAGAAAUCCAUUCAAGUCACAAGAAAAUGGGAAGAAAACUACAACUUCAAUCUAGACAGCAGGUUUACUAGUGAUGCAAAGGACAAAGUCAUCAUCCGAGCUUUGCACGGGCCUUGGGAUUUCUCCAUGCAAGACACUGCUGAAGAAGUGCGACUCAUCUUCCACAUGUGGAUAGGUUUGUUUUACAGCCGGUCAACAUCCAGGUUCUUUCAAGUGGAUCCAACUUUGAUGCAGCAAUGUUCAGAGGAGAGUGGAUCUGUGGAUGUGGCCAGUGGAACGUUAUCAGACCGAACGAGGCGUGAGCCUGAGAUCUGUUCAGCUGUGGAUCUUUCAGGUCUAACAGAGACUCCAGACCUAGACGCUUCAAAACUGCUGGACCUCAGCAAAAAAGACAAUGCUGUCUCUGAACCAGAAUCUGGAAUUUUGGAUUUGUCAGUGAAAAACUUUGAUGUUAAAUGGGUUUCAGUGGAGCAACAGCUCAACAAAAAAGUGACUCUUGUGUCCAACAAGCCCUUAAAAGCAUUGAGUGCCCUAAAUCCAGCACCAGGCCUACAGGAGAAAGAAGCAUUUCAGUUCGACAAAGAGAUGGUGCUUUUCAGAGAUAUUUCCAGUGAGGUCAAAGAUGAUAAAAACAUCAAGAGUAAAACAGCUGAAACUGAAGACAAACUAUUACAUUUUGAUCACAAUGAAGCUCCUUCUUCUAAGAGUGACUGGAUAUUUUGUCAAUCAGAGGUGAUGAGGAAUUUACCCCUUGAGCCUCAAUCUGAUGGAGCUACACUGGGAACUGAACCUGUGGUUCACAAAAGCAGUGAAGACAUCAGCUUCAAGAAAGUUGGCAUUGAAAAUGAAGAGGAUACAGUAAGGACCAUACCCCAGCAAGAUGCAUUGUGCUCACCUACAUCUGUUAUGGACAAGGAGGUAAACAGUGGAGAAGAAUGCAAUGUGAUUCAUACAGGCGUGGGACUACAGGAGAAGGAAAUCUGCCAGGAUGGCAGUAGAGGUCCUUCUCUGGAUAUAACGAACACAUAUUCAACAGGAGUCAAGGAGUCUGUGAACAAAGAAUCUGAUAUUGUUUGUAAUGGAAAUUAUGUACAUGAAAAGCUGCCAGGUGAGGAAAGUCCAGCCUCACUAGACAGGACUGACAAUCGAGAAGGAAAUAUGGACUGUUGUACAACAGCUGCGGUGAAAGAUUUUAAAAAUGAGGAUGUUUGUGUGAAAAAAGAUGGUGAUCAAAACGAAAGCUGGAUUUCUAAUGCUGACAUUGAUGGAGACUUGAGAAAUGAGUCAUUACCCAAACUGUGUGGAGGUCGUGCACAGCAGGGUUACAUUUCAGAGGAUAGUCAAGUAGAUGAACAGCUGUCAUUGUCAGCCAGCAUGGAAGAUUCUUCGCUGGGUGUAAAUCCCAGUGUGUCUAAACAUGAAAGUCCCUCCUUUGAAACUGUUAGCACUCCAUCAGAAAUUGCACCUGAACUUAAAGACACUGCAUCACAGGAAAACUUGGAUAUAAACAAUACAGACUGUCAGAAGGUGGUGUUGCCCAUCUCAUGUGAGAGUAGCUAUGACUCUCCCACAGCUCCAUGUUUUCCUCAGGAAAAAGACAGUGUUGAAUCCCCAAACAAAAUGGAAACAUCAGACCAAAGUUUGGAAUCCAAUUCUGAAUGUGAAGAGAAAAAUCUUGAGCAAACUCUACUAGAAGUACAGGAGUCCCCAUCCAAAUGUGAAGGCAAUAAUGUGUGUGAGGUGGAUGAACAGCUUACUGACAAGACUGAUUCAAAAACUGAUGAAACAAGUAGUUUCAUCAAACUUUUGCAACCUGGGAGCAAAAGUUUAAAUUUGGUUUUAAAUCCAACACACCCACCCAAAGAUGUGGGUGAGGUACAUGUUGUACCUCCUGAAGACAGGGUAGAAAAAGUUGUUCAAGAUCAGGAACCAAUACCCUUAAUUAGUGACGCUACUAAACCUAUAGCUGCGCUACCUGACCAAAUGUCGGUCGCAUCAAAUAUUAGCACUGAGGGAGAACUAUCCCCUUGCAAAUCAUCACUUCUUGAUGAAACCUACACACCAGAAAUGUUUAGGGAACAAUUUGAUAGCAGGUCCCCAACUCCUACUAUAGAUGAAAAACCUCAUGAUUUAAACUUAUGUUCAAGCCCCAGCAGAAGCACCGUUGAUCUCACUGAUUUUGAAGACGACCAAAAUGUGACUGAAAACUCAACACCUACAGAUGAUCUUCCUUUGGAUAAAAAACUCCAAACUUCUACAGUUAACACUAAUCCAAAUCCCCCUGUCGGCCUUUGUCCUGAUAUCAAAAUAAGAACGCUACGGGUUUUGCAAAGUUUAAACGAAUUCACUGAGAUUCCCAACCACCAGGAGACACUAGCAGACCCAGAUUUUCCUCCCCACAAAUCUUUUGUCUCAGGGGAAGUUUUACAAGAGGAGGAAAAAACUAAUUUAAGUAAUGAAUGCUGUUCAUAUUCUCAGCGUCCAGUCAUGGCAGUAAAACCAUCUAAAAGCGAGGAAAGUCAGGCGCAUUGGCAGUCAAAAGACAUAGAUCCUAAACCUACCUCCCAGUGUAAAGAAGCUAGUGGCAAUUCUGUCAAAUACUUAUCACCAAAUUCUAUGAUUUUGAAGGAGACAAAGCAGUUUUUUAAAGAAAAGUCUGAUGAAAUUGAUAGUAAUCACAGCGUCUGUGAGCCUUCUUCCAAAACCCGUUGGUUGGCAAACACAAUCUCCAGUGAAUCUGACACAGAGGAGGAGACAGACACAGAUUCCCUAUCAAAUUCUCCUCAUCAGAACUACAGAAGAACCAUGUCAAAACUCAACCAAGUUUCAUCAUCACCUACAUCAUCUGUGCGAUGCUCUAAAUCUGAAGAAAGUUUCCCUGAAUUGGGGGAUCAAGACCCCAAGUUUAUGGAAUAUACUGCAAAUGGGACAGCUGAGAAUAUAAUCAUACAUGUUACUCAGAGAGACAGCUCAGACAAGUUACUAACUUGUCACAAAUAUGAUGCUAUAAGUGACGAUGGUCGCAUUGCAGGUCCUCAAAGUUCACUCAAGUGCACAGUCUUUAAUUCUGGUCAGAAGAGGCCCUACUCUUUUCUGGAGCAGCUCUCUCAAAGGUGCCUUCAGAAUGACAUCACUCGGGCGUCAGUGGAGCAAGAGUGCCUCAUCUUUUCAGAACAGAUGAAAAAUCUUUUGAAAAGGAGUAAAAAGGAACCCCUCUCUCAACCGGAUACUCAUAACAGUUCAGCGUCUUGUACCAGUCCUCUGACUAUCAGCUUUUCCAGACUUGAGGAGCAAGAGGAUUCAAUGGAGUCUUUGGACACCCCUCUUGUUAGACAAAAGAUACAGGUGGAUAUGUCUAACAGUAAGGUCCAGACGGCUUUCACAGAGGAACGAAAGGUGAUCCAUGCUCUGUCUCAGGAAAACAGCAACCCAAUGGAGCAACCUGGGAUUUCUGCAAUGACUGCAGAAUGUGCUAGACUCUACAAUGCAAGGAUGCAUGAUGUUUGCUCUGCCAAAAAGGUCCCACCCAGAUCUAAAAGCAGAAAAGGUCAUCAGAGCGACCCGAGAACUGACAAAAGUAACCAUUUUGACUUCUGUGAUCAAAUGAAGAAAAAGCUAGAUGAGACCUUCCGGAGUAAUCUGAAUGCCGUUGUGAAGAAAUCCUGUAAAACAAAGUACAGAUUCUUUAUAUUGGUGACAUCUGAUGACAUCUUCUUCAAAGAAACAAAGGCUCAGCUGGAAACGGAGGGCCACACUGCUGUGCAGCCAUCUGAAUUCUUCCUUGGCGAGGACGGUUUUUCAUCGCUACUCAUUAUCCUCAGAAACGAAGAUAUUGCAGAGCACAUUUGUAAGAUUCCACAUUUGCUCAAGCUCAAGAUGAGUCCAGGUGUGCUGUUUGCUGGAAUCGAUGAACCAGAUGAUGUCAUCAAUCUCACCCACCAAGAGCUGUUCAUCCGGGCUGGCUUUGUAAUGUUUGACAGAGCCGUGCUGGAGCCCCUCAGCGUUGGCAACAUGAAAAAAAUCUCCAAAAUCUUGCAAGAGCUCAGCAAGAUGGGGAAGUGGAAAUGGAUGCUGCACUACAGAGACAGCCGUCGCCUGAAAGAAAACGCGAGGUUGAGUGAAGAAGCAAACGAGAAGAAGCUGUUGAUGUACUGGUGCCAAGAUGCUGAUAUACUGGAUGUCUUGCCUUACCACGAGUGUGACCAGAUGACUAGAGAUCAACCAGAUUAUCUGGCAUGUCUGCUCCGACUGCAAGUCCAACAUGUAUCGUCUCGUUUUCUUGUUUUUGUAACUGAUGCAACGACAGACCGUGCCUUUGAGAAGAACGGGAUUUUCACAAUGACUUUGAACACUUUUCUGACAAAGUCUUCAACAGAAAUAUUCAGAGUUUGACUGAAAAGGGUUGAACUGAUGAUCAGGUUCAGUCUCUGAAACAUGAAACAAUCAAAUGCUCUUUGUAUGUGUGAAUUAAAAAGCCACCAGUCAUGGAUAUUUAAAAUGCCUACUACAUGAGAAGCUAAUCUUUCACUAACUUAACUGUUGAGUUUGUUUGUUUUUUUUGUAAGUGACAAUUAUCAGUUUAACUUUCAACAGGCUGUUCCGGUCAUGUUUCUGUAUAGCCUCGGUAAUGAUUCAGUUAUUGGAUAGAUUGGCUGUAUUUGCCAAGACGCUGGCAGCUGUGCUGUUCGAACGCAGUUUGUAUUGUAAUUUAAUUCAACGUUGUACAUUGUAAUGUAAAUCCACUUACAAAUGAUUUUUAUGUUGUUCAUAUUUGUUCCGACAUACUGACUGUAUAGAUUUUCAACAAAGCAAGAAAGCUACGUUUUGUCCUUUUUUUAUUAGCAAUACAUAUUUAAAGAUUACACUUGUACAGUAUUUCCUGACUUUAUUUAGAACAAGAACUAAUGUCUAAAGUUUCUAUGUUGGUUUUUUUAUGUGUUUAAACCAGUUUAAAACCCUGUUUUUGUAUCUAGGAGAAUAACUUCUAUUUUCUUAAUGUUCGAUAACUAUUUUUCUUCUAAAUAUAAAUCUGUCUGAAACUUGAAGAGACCAGAUUUUGUCAAGCCGACUCAUUUGAAAUUCAGUUUUAGUUAUGUGCAGGAUCUGGGCUUUACACCCAGUUGUUGCACCUGCGGAAAACUUGAAAGGCACCACACCAAAAGAUAAUGUGGGGUUCCUGCACAGUCUGGAAAUGUGUUUUUCAGCUCCGGAUAAGUUUAUAAAAAAUGUAAAGACGAUUUUGAGAAAGAGCUUUCAUUUCCAACUCGUGUCACUUUGCUUGAUUAAAAAUUAUUUCUGAAACAAA